AUGGAUGGGGGACCAGAAGGCGCCCUGUCACCUUUUCUCCUUCCGCUGCCACGCUGCCAUAGCCGCAUCCCAUCCCUCAAGCAUCAGCAUGUUCGGUAUCCUUGCCUUCCUUCACUUACCUACCAAUAUUCGUACACUAUUACUUGGUACUCCGUUCGGAUACCACACGGUCUCCGAGGGCGGCACCUCACGUACGGAUACCGUGGUCCUUGCCCCAUGCCAAUGGUCGAUCCCUCCGCUCGCCUCUCCACAUAUCCCAUAACCUUCUUUCGACCCCGUCUACAUUGCUGCAUUCACACCCUCCCACCCCUAGUUCGUUCCUCGUUGUGUCUUUUCCUCUUCUUCCCCCCAUAUCCCUCACCCAGUUCCACGCACCCACGUCCGCUCAUCUGUCUCCCCUCCCCCCUACUUACGUGCCUACCUACCUACCGCUACCUUACCCCCUGGACCCUGGGCUACCGACACCACCACCAUCACCACCGGCAUCAUAACCACGAGCAUCAGCAGCCACCGCCGCAAACCUAUGUGCAGCGAUUACAACGGUGGCUCGAGCGUUGCCAUGCGUUCCGUCAGUACGUACUCCGAUAUACCUGGCUCGAACGGUCUCGUCUCGUCCUGGCUUACCUACAUCUCCGAAUGAGAGCCACAGCAUACCACGGCCACAUGGGUUGUCAACAUGUUGUCCAUGUUCUUUGUCCUGGCGUGCGUGCCUGGGUAAGCUACACUUCUUCCAUCUGCAAGGUACUCGAGAGAUCAAAGUCAAUUAGCACAGGAAGAUCGAUCAUCCUUUUCAACGUCUGCAUUACCUAUCUUACUGUGUAUUCUAUCCGUACGCAUACUUACUCUCCUGGCUCAUUGCUUGCUUCUUUUCUUUCGCAGAUUCAAUGUUCUCUUUUCCCCACUCUCUGCCGCUUCCACACCCCUCCAAGCUCGCUCUCUUCAAUACCAUCGAUAUCAAGUCAAUCUUACAGUUCCUCCACUCUCUCCCGCUGCCUGUCUUCAUCCUGGCUUGGUCUCUGCCCUUUCUAG